GAUCAAGGAGCUCUCUAAGUCACUUCUGGGCGACUGAUAUUUUUGUUUCCGGUCUAUGGGACCCGGCUGGGAUUUGCUGCUGCCCGCAGCAGCUAGUGACACCACGACCGCCAUCAUGUCUGACACAGACAGCGAUGAAGAUUCGGCGGGAGGAGGCCCAUUUUCUUUAACCGGUUUCCUUUUUGGCAACAUCAAUGGAGCCGGGCAGCUGGAGGGGGAAAGCGUCUUGGAUGAUGAAUGUAAGAAGCACUUGGCAGGCUUGGGGGCUUUAGGUCUUGGCAGCCUGAUCACUGAACUCACGGCAAACGAAGAAUUGACUGGGACUGAUGGUGUCCUGGUAAAUGAUGAAGGAUGGAUCAGGAGUACAGAAGAUGCUGUGGACUAUUCAGACAUCAAUGAGGUAGCAGAAGACGAAAGCCGAAGAUAUCAGCAGACAAUGGGGAGUUUGCAGCCUCUUUGCCACUCAGAUUAUGAUGAAGACGACUAUGAUGCUGAUUGUGAAGACAUUGACUGCAAGUUGAUGCCUCCUCCACCUCCACCUCCAGGACCAGUGAAGAAGGAUAAAGACCAAGAUGCUAUUACCAGUGUGUCUGAGGAUGGAGAAGGCAUCAUCUUGCCCUCCAUCAUUGCCCCUUCCUCUUUGGCCUCAGAGAAAGUGGACUUCAGUAGUUCCUCUGACUCAGAAUCUGAGAUGGGACCUCAGGAAGCAACACAGGCAGAAUGUGAGGAUGGAAAGCUGACCCUACCAUUGGCCGGGAUUAUGCAGCAUGAUGCCACCAAGCUGUUGCCGAGUGUCACAGAACUUUUCCCGGAAUUUCGGCCUGGGAAGGUGUUACGCUUCCUACGUCUUUUUGGACCAGGGAAGAACGUCCCAUCUGUUUGGCGGAGUGCUCGGAGAAAGAGGAAGAAAAAGCACCGUGAGCUGUUACAGGAAGAGCAGAUCCAGGAGGUGGAGUGCUCAGUAGAGGCAGAAGUCAGCCAGAAGUCUUUGUGGAACUAUGACUAUGCUCCACCACCACCUCCCGAGCAGUGUCUCUCUGAUGACGAAAUUACAAUGAUGGCUCCUGUAGAGUCCAAGUUUUCCCAGUCAACUGGAGACAUAGAUAAAGUGACAGAUACCAAACCAAGAGUGGCUGAGUGGCGUUAUGGGCCCGCUCGACUGUGGUAUGAUAUGCUGGGUGUCCCUGAAGAUGGCAGUGGGUUUGAUUAUGGCUUCAAACUGAGAAAGAUGGACCAUGAACCUGUGAUAAAAUGUAGAAUCAUUGAGGACUUUAGGAAACUUGAGGAGAACGGUGGCACUGACCUUCUGGCUGAUGAAAACUUCCUGAUGGUGACACAGCUGCAUUGGGAAGAUGAUAUUAUCUGGGAUGGGGAGGAUGUCAAACACAAAGGGACGAAACCUCAGCGUGCAAGCCUGGCGGGCUGGCUCCCUUCCAGCAUGACUAGGAAUGCCAUGGCCUACAAUGUCCAGCAAGGUUUUGCAGCCACCCUGGAUGAUGACAAGCCUUGGUACUCCAUCUUUCCCAUUGACAAUGAGGAGCUGGUAUAUGGACGCUGGGAGGACCAUAUCAUCUGGGAUGCUCAGGCUAUGCCCCGGCUGUUAGAGCCUCCUGUUUUGACACUUGAUCCCAAUGAUGAGAACCUCAUUUUGGAAAUUCCUGAUGAAAAGGAAGAGGCCACCUCUAACUCCCCCUCCAAGGAGAGUAAGAAGGAAUCCUCUCUGAAGAAGAGUCGAAUUCUCUUAGGGAAAACAGGGGUCAUCAAGGAAGAACCACAGCAGAACAUGUCUCAGCCAGAAGUGAAAGAUCCAUGGAAUCUCUCCAAUGAUGAGUAUUACUACCCCAAGCAACAGGGUCUUCGUGGCACCUUCGGAGGAAACAUUAUCCAGCACUCAAUUCCUGCCGUGGAGUUACGACAGCCCUUCUUUCCUACCCACAUGGGGCCCAUCAAACUUCGGCAGUUCCAUCGCCCACCUCUGAAGAAAUACUCCUUUGGGGCGCUAUCUCAGCCAGGUCCCCACUCAGUCCAGCCCUUGCUAAAGCACAUCAAAAAGAAGGCUAAGAUGAGAGAACAAGAGAGACAAGCUUCUGGUGGCGGAGAGAUGUUUUUUAUGCGCACACCUCAGGACCUCACAGGCAAAGAUGGAGAUCUUAUUCUUGCAGAGUACAGUGAAGAAAAUGGACCGUUGAUGAUGCAGGUUGGCAUGGCAACCAAGAUAAAGAACUACUACAAGAGGAAACCUGGAAAAGAUCCUGGAGCCCCAGAUUGUAAAUACGGAGAAACGGUUUACUGCCAUACAUCUCCUUUCCUGGGCUCUCUCCAUCCUGGCCAAUUACUGCAGGUUCGCACUGCUCCUUGGAACACCACAAGGGCUUUCAUCGCUGCCAUGAAGGGCAAGUGUCUCCUGGAGGUGACUGGGGUGGCAGAUCCUACAGGGUGUGGUGAAGGAUUCUCCUAUGUCAAGAUUCCAAACAAACCAACACAGCAGAAGGAUGAUAAGGAGCCUCAGCCCGUGAAGAAGACAGUGACAGGAACAGAUGCAGAUCUCCGUCGCCUUUCUCUGAAAAAUGCCAAGCAGCUUCUACGAAAAUUUGGCGUGCCUGAGGAAGAGAUUAAAAAGUUGUCCCGUUGGGAAGUGAUCGAUGUGGUACGCACAAUGUCAACAGAACAGGCCCGCUCUGGAGAGGGGCCCAUGAGUAAAUUUGCCCGUGGAUCAAGGUUUUCUGUGGCUGAGCAUCAAGAGCGUUACAAAGAGGAAUGUCAGCGCAUCUUUGACCUACAGAACAAAGUUUUGUCAUCGACUGAAGUAUUAUCAACCGACACAGACAGCAGCUCAGCUGAAGACAGUGACUUCGAAGAAAUGGGAAAGAACAUUGAGAACAUGUUGCAGAAUAAGAAAACCAGCUCUCAGCUGUCACGUGAACGGGAGGAGCAGGAGCGGAAGGAACUGCAGCGGAUGCUACUGGCAGCAGGUUCAGCAGCAUCAGGAAACAAUCACAGAGAUGAUGACACAGCUUCUGUGACUAGUCUUAACUCUUCUGCCACUGGGCGUUGUCUCAAGAUUUAUCGCACAUUUCGAGAUGAAGAGGGGAAAGAGUAUGUUCGCUGUGAGACAGUUCGAAAGCCAGCUGUCAUUGAUGCCUAUGUACGCAUACGGACCACAAAAGAUGAGGAAUUCAUUCGAAAGUUUGCCCUUUUUGAUGAACAGCAUCGAGAAGAGAUGCGAAAGGAACGGCGGAGGAUUCAAGAGCAGCUUAGGCGGCUAAAGCGGAACCAAGAAAAGGAGAAGCUUAAGGGUCCUCCUGAGAAGAAACCCAAAAAAAUGAAGGAGCGUCCUGACCUAAAACUGAAGUGUGGGGCUUGUGGUGCCAUUGGGCACAUGAGGACAAACAAGUUCUGCCCCCUCUACUAUCAAACAAAUGCUCCACCCUCCAACCCUGUUGCCAUGACCGAGGAGCAGGAGGAGGAGCUGGAAAAGACUGUCAUUCAUAAUGAUAAUGAAGAACUUAUCAAGGUUGAAGGGACCAAGAUCGUCCUGGGGAAACAGCUGAUUGAGAGUGCAGAUGAGGUUCGCAGAAAAUCUCUGGUUCUCAAGUUCCCCAAACAGCAACUUCCUCCCAAGAAGAAACGGCGAGUUGGAACCACUGUUCACUGUGACUACUUAAAUAGACCUCAUAAGUCCAUCCACCGACGCCGGACAGACCCAAUGGUGACAUUGUCAUCCAUCUUGGAGUCUAUCAUCAAUGACAUGAGAGAUCUUCCAAAUACCUACCCUUUUCACACUCCAGUCAAUGCAAAGGUUGUAAAGGACUACUACAAAAUCAUCACUCGACCAAUGGAUUUACAGACACUGCGUGAAAAUGUACGUAAACGCCUCUACCCAUCUCGGGAAGAGUUCAGAGAACAUUUGGAGCUAAUUGUGAAAAACAGUGCAACCUACAAUGGUCCGAAGCACUCAUUGACUCAGAUCUCUCAAUCCAUGCUGGAUCUCUGUGAUGAAAAACUCAAAGAGAAAGAAGACAAAUUGGCUCGUUUAGAGAAAGCUAUCAACCCCUUGCUGGAUGAUGAUGACCAAGUGGCAUUUUCUUUCAUUCUGGAUAACAUUGUCACCCAGAAGAUGAUGGCAGUUCCAGAUUCUUGGCCAUUUCAUCACCCAGUUAAUAAGAAGUUUGUUCCAGAUUAUUACAAAGUGAUUGUCAGUCCAAUGGAUUUAGAGACUAUACGUAAGAAUAUCUCCAAGCAUAAGUACCAGAGUCGGGAAAGCUUUCUCGAUGAUGUCAACCUUAUUCUGGCCAACAGUGUUAAGUAUAAUGGGCCCGAAAGUCAGUAUACUAAGACUGCCCAGGAAAUUGUGAAUGUCUGUUACCAGACACUAACUGAGUAUGAUGAGCAUUUGACUCAACUCGAGAAGGAUAUAUGUACAGCUAAGGAAGCUGCUUUGGAGGAAGCAGAAUUAGAAAGCCUGGACCCCAUGACUCCAGGGCCUUACACACCUCAGGCUAAGCCUCCUGAUUUGUAUGACACCAACACAUCCCUCAGUAUGUCUCGGGAUGCCUCUGUGUUUCAAGAUGAGAGUAAUAUGUCUGUCCUGGACAUUCCCGCUGCCACUCCAGAAAAGCAGGUGACACAGGAAGGUGAAGAUGCAGAUGGUGAUCUCGCAGAUGAAGAGGAAGGAACUGUGCAGCAGCCUCAAGCCAGUGUCCUGUAUGAGGAUUUGCUUAUGUCUGAAGGAGAAGAUGAUGAGGAAGACGCCGGCAGUGAUGAAGAAGGAGAUAAUCCUUUCUCCGCUAUCCAGCUGAGUGAAAGCGGAAGUGACUCUGAUGUGGGGUCUGGUGGGAUAAGACCCAAACAACCCCGCAUGCUUCAGGAGAACACAAGGAUGGGCAUGGAAAAUGAAGAAAGCAUGAUGUCCUAUGACGGAGAUGGUGGGGAGGCUUCUCAUGGUUUGGAGGAUAGCAACAUCAGUUAUGGGAGCUAUGAGGAGCCUGACCCCAAGUCAAACACCCAAGACACAAGCUUCAGCAGCAUCGGUGGGUAUGAGGUAUCAGAGGAGGAAGAAGAUGAGGAAGAAGAGCAGCGCUCUGGGCCGAGCGUACUAAGCCAGGUCCACCUGUCAGAGGACGAGGAGGACAGUGAGGAUUUCCACUCCAUUGCUGGGGACAGUGACUUGGACUCUGAUGAAUGA